AGGAGAUGCCUUGAAAUCGCAGGCGAGCGGAAAUCCAGAAUUGAUCAGCUGAAGCGAGGGGUUGCCAGCCGUAGCACCUCUUCUGAUCGACAGGAUUCAAGGAGUCACAGUUCGAGGCGAAGUUCUCCUGAAUCUGAUCGCCAAGGUCACUCCAGAUCUGGGUCCUUUGACAGCAGAGAAAGAGUGCAGGACAGAGACCGGCAUGAGCAUGAUCGCGAACGGGAAAGAGAGAGACGGGAUGGGAGGCAGAGAGAUUGGGACCGAGAUGCAGCCAAAUCUGAUUGGUUGAGGAGCAGAGACCGGGACAGGAUUCGGGAACGAGACAGACAACGAGAAAAACGAAGAGAUCUGGACCGUGAAGAAGAACGUCCGCUCCCUGAAAGUCUGGAAAGAGAGAGAGGUGUCAGCACUUCCUCUCAAGCAGAAAUAUCCAAGCACAGUGAGACCAAAGCAAGUAAAGAUCAGGCUUUUGAGGCCACCUGUCUGGAUUCUGCUUCCCAGGAGAAGGAAAGGCAGGAUAAAGACCUGGGUGCUUUGCAAGGAUUUGAAGAUGGAGUUGAAGCAGAGAAAGUGGAAAACAUAGAAGGUGGAGAUGAUGAAACAAAAAUAGAUGAUGUGCAGUCAACGGAAUCUGGUGCUGGAGAAUAUGAGCCAAUCAGUGAUGAUGAAUUGGAUGAAAUUUUGGCAGGUGAUGCUGAAAAGAGAGACGAUCAGCAAGAUGAGGAGAAGAUGCCAGAUCCGGUGGAUGUCAUUGAUGUAGAUUGGUCUAGCCUGAUGCCAAAACAGCCAAAAGAGCCCCGAGAGCCUGGAGCUGCUCUUUUAAAAUUUACUCCUGCUGCUGUUAUGUUGAGAGUUGGCAUUUCCAAACAACUGGCUGGCCCUCAGCUCUUCACAAAGAUAAAAGAAACUUGUCAGAGAUCUUUGGAGAAACCUAAAGAUGCAGAGAGCCUUUUUGAGCAUGAAUUUGGGGCUCUGAAUAUGGCUGCCCUACUGCGAAAAGAAGAGCGAGCCGGACUGCUAUGCAACCUGGGCCCUUGCUGUAAAGCUCUUUGUUUUCGGAGGGAUUCUGCAAUCCGCAAGCAGCUUGUGAAAAAUGAAAAGGGCACAACAAAACAAACCUACACAAAUCCUCCAGUGGUGGACAACGAGUUGCUACGGCUAAGCCUACGAUUGUUUAAACGCAAGACUGUGCAGCAAGGGUCUGGGCCAGAUAAGACAGAGGAUUCUAAACUGACACAACCCUAUGUUCCAGAAAUGUGCCUGUCCUGAGCCAGAGCCUCCUGCCCUAUGGUUGUUUUGUUUCACUGUUUGAUAAUGUUGAUGUUUGCAGUCUUACUUCCUUUAAGUAUGAUGUUGCCACAAGAAUGAAAAUACUCAAAAAGAGUACCUGUGUGGAUUCUGAGACAGAAUGACAAGGAAAAGUAUUUAGUACAAAAACCGAAGACCACUUUGUCUGUUUUUUGCUGCAUGUUUUAUGACAAGAGUUCUA